AGUCAGUCUAAAUAGCAUUUCAUCCUACAACUCCCUCCAGCGUGCGCUGUGGUGUGGAAACAACUGGAGAGAUGCGCUCGUUUGUUUGUGGAUUCCUGUGGCUGACUUUCCUUACAACUGUGUUGUCUAGUUUGCAUCCUGAGUGUGAAUAUAUUUUUCAGCUGGCGAGAGACGAGCAACGGUGUCUUCGAGAGAUAACAGAGCAUGGAAACAUCAGCAGCUCAGGUUGUUUACCAGUAUGGGAUUCUGUAGUGUGCUGGCCCAAAACUGCAGUGGGUGAGACCAUCCACUCGCCCUGCCCAGCUGUUUUCUCUCUUUUUAGGAAUAAUACAGGAACAGUAAGUCGUAACUGCACCGCUGGAGGCUGGUCGCGGCCGUUCCCCCCCUACCAUGAGGCCUGCAGUGUUGAAACCGACAUCCCAGAGGAGUCGUAUUUUGCCACUGUGAAACUGAUCUACUCGGUUGGUUACGGAGCAUCACUAUUCUCUCUCUCUGUUGCCAUGGUAAUACUGCUGUUUUUCAGGCGACUACACUGCGCUCGAAACUACAUCCACAUGCAGCUGUUCUUCUCCUUCAUCCUGAAAUCUGCAUCAGUGUUUAUAAAAGAUGCAAUGCUGUUUGCCAGUGACGACACAGAUCACUGCACACUCUCCACGGCGUCCUGUAAGGCGUCAGUGGUGUUCUGCCAUUAUUGCGUGAUGACUAAUUUCUUCUGGUUGCUGGUGGAGUCCUUGUAUCUGAACUCACUGUUGCUCUCAGCAUUCCAGCGCAGUUAUCGCUGCCUGUGGAGUUUCGCUCUGUUGGGCUGGGGUGUUCCAUUAGUCUGUAUCAUCAUUUGGAUCUGUUCCAGAGUAUAUUUUGAGGACACAGAGUGCUGGGACAUCAAUGACGAUUCCCUUUAUUGGUGGAUCAUCAAGGGUCCGAUUGUAGCAUCCAUUGGCGUGAACUUCCUUCUCUUCAUGAACAUUAUCAGGAUUCUGGUGCAAAAGCUUAACCCACGUUUGAUCCAGUUCAACAACUCUGCGCAGUACAGGCGACUGGCCAAGUCCACCCUCCUCCUCAUCCCUCUCUUUGGCACUCAUUACAUGGUGUUCAGCUUCCUCCCAGACUACUUCAACAUGAGCCUGCGGCUUUACAUUGAGCUCUGUCUGGGCUCCUUCCAGGGGCUCAUUGUAGCGGUUCUCUACUGUUUUCUGAACCAGGAGGUUCAGAAUGAAAUGCGGUUACGAUGGAUGCGUUAUCAAGAGGGGAGUUGCAAUGUCGUCCCUGUUGGAGCCAAAGGAAGCCAGAUGGACACUCCAUUUUAGAGUCACUAAGAUAUACAUACAUACAGUAAUGCAUACAUACAGCCUGACCUCAACAUCUGCAGCAGUCCUUAAUCUCCAGAAAUGUUUAACAUCUGUAGAAAGGAAGUCAAACUCAAUUUGAUAUAUGCAGAUUGCAUUACUCACUUGCAACAAAAGCAAACCCUUAGAGCAAGAUCAUUUCAUUGGGUCCCUAAUUAUGAGACUUGUUUAUUACUCUGUUAAACGAAGCACAAUUGUACCAUCGAAGGACAGUGCGGCAGGUUUGAGAAUGCUUAUACUGUAUCCUUGUAUGUUUGUUCAUAUUUAUGUACAGUAUUUACUUUUUAUAUGCAGGAAUUUACAGAGUGAUUUAAAUAUGAAUUAAUUUCUAUGUGAGUUAUAUUUAAAGGGGUCAUGAUGAGGAAUCAAAUUUCCCUUGAUCUUUUGAGAUAAAGUAUAAGGAGUGAUUGUACUAUAAAUAUAUACUGUAAGUUUCAGAACUCAAAACAUUCUCCUCACUGCAAAAAGAGUAUUUGUUGAAACCAAUCUGCCUAAAGGACACAUUCUCUACUUCCUCCACAUUGUGAUGUCACACUGAAGUAGACAUUUGCAUAUGACCGCCUCCACAACAACUCAUUAACACCUACUUUACCUUUUCACUUCCGUAACCACGCGCAGUAGCGGUGAGCAGUCAGAUGGCAAGAUGAGAGCGCAGGUCAGUCAACAGCAGAGAGCCAAUCAGAAAAGUGGCCAUUCACUGUCAAGUCUUAAAGGAGAAGCAGCACCAAAACCAAACGUUUCUGACAGAGGGUCAGAAUGAGGCUGGAAAAUGAUCACGAGUCAUUGACGUUUGUGCAAAAUCUUUACUAAUAAAGUGAACCUCAAGGAACAUAUUCAAAUACUAAAAAAGGCAUGUCAUGACCCCUUUAAAUGUGAGCCUAUGGGGUUUUUUUGUCCUGUGGGUUUAUUCAUUCUUAGUCACUCCAAUAUCAAUAAACAGCUAAAAACUGAACGUUUUAGCUGCUUUACAAAAAGUGUUAAAAACAUAUUUUUCUUGUUUAUUCUGUUUUACACAUCCAACAUAUUGGACCAGCUCAAAGCAUUCCAGUCAAACCAAAACAAUGAUGAAUGACUCUGCUCUGUUCCUCCACACUUAUGCCUUUGAAAAAGAUGUGUAAUAUUUGAGUUUUUCCACAUUUGCAUCAGGCACUGGGCCAAAGACUGCAGUUCAGUUGCUUUGGAUGUAGCAUCUCUCCUUACCACUGUGCAUUUAUUCUCUGUUGCCUCUAAAAAGCAUGUGAAAUAUUUGUAAAUGAAUAUACUUAAAAUAUAAUACUGGUAGACUCCUAUAAGUCUGUUAUUAUUUAUUUGUUUGUUGUCUGUCUAUAAAUGUUCUUUGAGUGGCCUUCAGUGUGUUUUUUGUUUCCAUCAAAUCCACAGAGCACAGAGAUGGAAACAUUUCCACAUUUUGUGAUGCUGUUGUAUCUGUGUAAUGGAUUUUUGCCCUAUUUUCCUUUAAUAGUGCAAUUAUGUUUCUCAUAAUUGAUGUAUGUUUGUUUAUAUGUGCGUAAGGGUGUAUACUUGUGCAUAC